AUAAGAGAAAAACUCAAAAUCGACAUUACUAUUAAUUGCCAAAGAAAAUUUCCGUAAACAGCGUUCUUCCAUCAAAGUUCGUUAAGAUACAUAUCAAUUUUCUUUGACAAUUUGCAUUUCUACAAAACCGUGAGAGCUACGUCUUCCAAAAGUCUCGUACAAUAAGUAAAUAAUAUCUUCAUGGCCGUACCUUGUUCACACAUUCUUCUCUAACAUCUUACGCAAUAGUAUUUCUUUUCAAUUUGUAUGUUUAUCAUCAUCAACUCUUGAGUUUCCAUCGAGACAAUCUCUAGAUCGCUUUUGUUUAUUAUUAUUUUUUUCUUAAGAAUACGUGAUGAGGAAUUCAAAUUCAAGAAAACAGAACAAAAUGGUGACGGAAGAUAACAGCGUCCCUAGGAGAAAAACAUUCGGGAGCAUGUUACAAUCCGAUCGAAAUCAGGAUCAAAAUGAGUAUACUAAUUUUUGUAGGAGCAAUACAUUUGAAGCUGGCCCUGCAAAUUACCAUAAUCGCCCUAAUGGAUUGAGCUCUGAUUACAGCAUGAUGAUCUCUCCUUCACCUUCAGAGGACCAUAAUUCAUUAUCGUCUCCAUAUGCCGCACCUUCUAUGGACCUAACAUCUCCUUUAUCGAAAUCUCCAUGGUCUUCUCAUUUCGAAAGCUAUCUAUACACGGGCCUUAUUGGGUCUCUUGUUCGUGAAGAAGGCCAUAUCUAUUCAUUAGCGGCUUCUGGAGACUUGUUAUAUACUGGAUCAGACAGCAAGAAUAUUAGGGUAUGGAAGAACCAAAAAGAAUUUGCAGGAUUCAAAUCAAACAGUGGAUUGGUGAAAGCAAUAAUCAUUACAGGAGAAAGAAUAUUCACUGGUCAUCAAGAUGGAAAGGUAAGAGUAUGGAAGGCUUCCCCUAACGAUCCAAACGUUUACAGGCGCAUUGGGACAUUACCAACUUUGAAGGCAUAUUUAAAAAGUUCAAUGAAUCCCAACAGUUACGUUGAAGUGAGAAGAAACAGAAAUUCCGUGUGGAUCAGACAUUUUGAUGCUAUUUCAUCUCUUAGCAUGAGUCAAGACCAAAUUCUCUUAUAUUCAGCAUCAUGGGAUAAAACCAUAAAGGUUUGGAGAGCAUCAGAUUUUAAGUGUUUGGAGUCCAUAUGCGCACAUGAAGAUGCAGUAAAUUCAGUAGUUGUUGGGUUUGAUGGGCUAGUUUUUUCAGGCUCAGCUGAUGGAACGGUAAAAGUUUGGAGAAGAGAAUUACAAGGGAAUAAAACAAAGCACUUCUUUUCACAAACGUUGUUAAAGCAAGAAUGUGCGGUAACAUCCUUAGUUGUUGAUCCUAGUUCCAAUUUCCUCUAUUGUGGUUCAUCUGACGGACUAGUCAACUUUUGGGAACGCACAAAGUUUUUGUCACUCGGAGGGGUUCUGAGAGGUCAUAAAUCAGCGAUUCUUUGCUUAGCCACUGCUGGGAAUUUAGUUUUUAGUGGAUCAGCUGACUCGAAUAUUUGUGUGUGGAGAAGGGAAGGCUGUGAGCAUAUAUGUUUAUCAGUGUUGAAAGGACAUUCAGGUCCUGUUAAGUGUAUUGCUGUUGAAGAUGAUCGUGGACCAACAACUUCUGGUGAUCAGCAAUUUAUCGUGUAUAGUGGUAGCCUGGAUAAAUCAGUGAAGAUUUGGAGAGUGUUACCAUGGCCACCACCGAUGCAAGCCCAAGUUCAAGACCAAUCCCAAUGGGGUAUGAGUUAGUAGAGCUGAAUUUAGGAUGUGGAGUAUGUGGAUUCAAAACGAGCUAUGGAGAUUUGGAGUGUGCCACCAUGGCCACCACCGAUGCAAGCCCAAGUUCAAGACCAAUCCCAAUGGGGUAUGAGUUAGUAGAGCUGCAUUUAGGAUGUGGAGUAUGUGGAUUCAAAACGAGCUAUGGAAACAUAUAUAUCAUACAUUAGAUAUUUUCCAAGUCUCAAUUUGUUGUGCUUAUGUAGUGGUAGCUGGAGAAAUCGGUGAAGAUUUGGAGAGCAUCAUCAUGGCGCCCCCCAUGGAAGAACAACUUCAACACCAGUCCUGAUGGGGUAUGAGUUAGCAGAGCCAAAUUUAGGAUUAAUUAGAGUAUGUGGAUUCAAACAAGUAAAAUCAUACUAUUGAUUGUAUAAUUCCUCAGUAUCAAUUUAUGUGACGUAUUUGACUCAAGAUAUGUGUCCAUUUUUCAAAUCAUUAAUAUAAAAUAGUGUU